UUCUCCAACCAAGGCAGUACUUUAAAAACGAUCUCUCACCUCCAAAGAUUUUCUCCCAGACAAGCUCUUCUGCCAGAACUUGCAACUUACUGCUUGCUCGGUCUUGCACCCUCAACCAUGGAAGCGGUUACCUCUGCGACCAACACUAUCACCAUGUCCUUUACCCACCUUUCUUCCUCCUCCUGGUCGUCAAUCACUAUUUCCAGAUUCACCAUGCCAUUAUUGUUUCUCAACCCCAAAAAGACCCCUUCCCACCGCUCUUUCCUCAUCUCAAACUCCGUCUCUAAACCCAUAACCCCUGCUCCCUCCUCCACUACCACCAUCCCUCAAGUGUCUCCUUCCAGAUUUUCCCCUAAUGAAGAUAGAAAAGGCGCUGACAUCCUCGUUGAAGCGCUGGAGCGCCAAGGGGUCACAGUCGUGUUUGCUUAUCCAGGUGGUGCAUCCGUGGAGAUCCACCAAGCCCUAACUCGUUCUCCAAUAAUUCGUAAUGUCCUCCCGCGCCAUGAGCAAGGUGGGGUCUUUGCAGCUGAGGGAUACGCGCGUGCUUCUGGCAAGCCUGGUGUCUGCAUUGCGACCUCCGGACCCGGCGUCACCAAUCUCAUCAGCGGCUUGGCAGACGCUUUACUUGAUAGCAUUCCUAUUGUGGUUAUCACCGGCCAAGUCCUUCGCUGCAUGAUCGGCACCGGCGCAUUCCAGGAAAUUCCCACAGUUGAGGUAACUCGGCCAAUAACCAAGCACAAUUACCUGGUCCUUGAUGUCGAUGAUAUUCCCAGAAUUGUAAGCGAAGCUUUCCUUUUAGCCACCUCUGGACGUCCUGGCCCAGUGCUGAUUGAUAUACCAAGUGAUAUACAACAACAAUUAGCGCUUCCCAAUUGGAAUGCGCCUAUUAAAUUGCCCGAUUACAUUUUGUCGAGGUUGCCUAAACUGCCCAAUGAAUCGGAAUCACAUUUGGAGCAGAUUGUGAAGUUAAUUUUUAAGUCAAAGAAACCAGUGUUAUAUGUGGGAGGAGGGUGUUUAAAUUCAAGUGAAGAGUUGAGGAAGUUUGCUGAGUUUACUGGGAUCCCAGUGGCUAGUACUUUGAUGGGGCUCGGAGCAUUCCCAAUUGGCCAUGAAUUAUCAUUGCAAAUGCUUGGAAUGUAUGGAACUGUUUAUGCCAACUACUCAGUGGAUAGAAGUGAUUUGUUGCUUGCAUUAUUAAUUCGUGGGAAUAUGAGAACUUGCGAUGUGAAAAUGGAGGCAUCCUCUUCAUUAUUGCUCGUCUAA